GACUCCUGAAAGGAAUCAAAUUACACAAGUCUCAACACGAAACAAAUAAAUAAAUGAAAUUCAAAGUUGUUUCUCUCCCUCUCUUACUCUGGAACAUCGAAAUUGAUGCUGCUGUAUAACUGAAACCCUAUUCUCGGAAAAUCCCUAGAAAUGUCCGAAAAUGUUGAACUCCGGCGAGCCCAUAUUCUCGCUAAUCACAUACUCCGUUCACCUCGGCCUUCUUCAAACCCCUCCCUCACGCCGGAAGUAUGUUUUCAGUACUCUCCACCGGAGCUCAACGAGAGCUAUGGAUUCGAAGUCAAGGAGAUGAGAAAACUACUCGACGGACACAACUUAGAGGAAAGAGACUGGCUUUAUGGGCUCAUGAUGCAGAGCAAUCUGUUUAACCCGAAACAGAGAGGAGGUCAGAUUUUCGUCUCGCCCGAUUACAAUCAAACAAUGGAGCAACAGCGCCAGAUCAGUAUGAAGCGGAUCUUUUACUUGCUCGAAAAAGGGGUCUUUCAAGGAUGGCUAACGGAGACAGGUCCUGAAGCUGAGCUCAAGAAGUUUGCUCUCUACGAAGUUUGCGGGAUUUAUGAUUACUCCCUCUCCGCCAAACUCGGUGUUCACUUCUUGUUGUGGGGUAAUGCUGUUAAGUUCUUUGGGACAAAGCGUCACCAUGAAAAGUGGCUGAAAGACACUGAAGAUUAUGUUGUCAAGGGCUGCUUUGCAAUGACUGAGCUAGGCCAUGGAACUAAUGUACGGGGAAUUGAAACAGUGACUACUUAUGACCCAACAACUGAAGAGUUUGUGAUAAAUACUCCUUGUGAAUCUGCUCAGAAGUAUUGGAUCGGUGAGGCAGCUAACCAUGCAAACCAUGCAAUUGUGAUUUCUCAGCUUAGUAUGAAUGGGACCAACCAGGGGAUUCAUGUCUUUAUUGCUCAAAUCAGAGAUCAUGAUGGCAACACAUGUCCUAACGUCCGCAUAGCUGACUGUGGACACAAAAUUGGUUUGAAUGGUGUUGACAAUGGCCGUAUAUGGUUUGACAAUCUUCGAAUUCCAAGAGAGAAUUUAUUGAACUCAGUUGCUGAUGUUUUAGCUGAUGGGAAGUAUGUUAGCUCAAUUAAAGAUCCUGAUCAGAGAUUUGGAGCAUUCUUGGCCCCUUUGACAUCUGGUCGUGUCACAAUUGCUUCAAGUGCAAUUUAUUCUGCAAAGCUCGGAUUAGCUGUUGCUAUUAGAUACUCACUAUCGAGAAGAGCCUUCUCAGUUGCAGCCAAUGGUCCUGAAGUUCUCCUUCUUGAUUAUCCAAGCCAUCAAAGACGACUUUUACCACUCCUAGCAAAGACAUAUGCUAUGAGUUUUGCUGUAAAUGACUUGAAGAUGAUUUACGUGAAGAGGACACCUGAGACCAACAAAGCCAUCCAUGUCGUUUCAAGUGGAUUCAAAGCUGUUCUCACUUGGCACAAUAUGCGAACGCUUCAGGAAUGUCGUGAAGCUGUUGGAGGCCAAGGUUUGAAAACAGAAAACCGAGUAGGUCAUUUAAAAGGAGAAUAUGAUGUGCAGACUACAUUUGAGGGUGACAAUAAUGUACUCAUGCAGCUGGUGAGCAAGGCACUUUUUGCUGAAUAUGUAUCGUGUAAGAAGAGAAAUAAACCUUUCAAAGGAUUGGGAUUGGAGCACAUGAACAGUCCACGUCCUGUAUUGCCGACUCAACUCACAUCAUCUACACUAAGAUGCAGCCAGUUCCAGAAAAGUGUGUUUUGCUUAAGAGAGCGAGAUCUUCUAGAACGGUUUACUUCUGAAGUUGCAGAGCUUCAAGGGAGAGGAGAAAGCAGAGAGUUCUUAUUCCUUUUGAAUCAUCAACUUUCUGAAGACUUAAGUAAAGCUUUCACAGAAAAAGCAAUACUGCAAACCGUUUUGGAUGCUGAGGCCAAAUUGCCUCCUGGCUCAGUUAAGGAUGUGUUGGGUCUUGUAAGAUCAAUGUACGCAUUGAUCAGCUUGGAAGAAGAUCCAUCGCUGCUAAGAUAUGGUCACCUCUCAAGGGAUAAUGUUGGAGAUGUGAGGAAAGAAGUUUCAAAGCUCUGUGGAGAGCUUAGACCUCACGCACUUGCACUCGUGGCUUCAUUCGGGAUUCCAGACGCCUUCUUGAGUCCAAUUGCAUUCAACUGGGUCGAAGCCAACGCUUGGUCUUCACUUUAGUUACUUGCUAGUAAUAAUCUCUUCCACUAAUCAUGAUUCCAAGAUUUCUUUUUGAAUAAAAAUAGCUAUGUAAGAUCUAAACUUUGUGAUGAAUCUCAACUUUUGAUAGUUCACAACACAAGAUUUGAGACUGAUAUAUUAUUAGCCACACUAGGUGACAUAGCUUGCUU